UCAAUCUUUUUGUGUGACAGAAAAGAGUUUGAGAAUGGAGUGUCAGAAGACUAAGAAAUGAGUAAGCAAAACACGACCACACCAAUCUGAGCUUGAUGAAGUGAUGGCUGAUGAUGAUGAUGUUGAUGGGAAAACAAGUUCCGCUGUUUCCCUUGAGAAUCCAGAGACUUCAAGCCUCAACAAAAUCCAUCACUUUCUGACCCUUAUCCCCAGGUAGAAGAAGAACCCCCUAACAUCAUGGACUUGGAUUUCAGGGCUUCUACUCUUCAUUCUGCCAAUCACCUCUCUUCUGUCCAUGCUGCUCGGCUUCACUUUGAAAAUUAUUCAGUGUACAAUAACACAGACGAGGAUGAUGAUGCCCAAUCUCUUUUCCAAUGUCCUUCCUGUGAUUUUGAGCUUGAAAUGCCUGUGCUUCGUACCCGUUUGGAACAGGUGCAAUGCUAUGACCCAAAAAAUAUGGUUUGUCCUGUGUGUGAUGAAUAUUUAGGGGAGGAUGCAAUCAAGGUUGCACCACAUUCAAGCUCACGAAAGCGGACUUGGAAGCCUACAAAAUCCAGCACAUGGUAUGGUAAUUAUACAACGCUUGAGGAGAAACUUGCUGCUUGGACUAAAAAACAAGAACCAGUGCCUGUUCCAAACCCUAGUGAUAUCCACCCAGAUGAAGAUUCCUUCAGCGAUACCUCAGACAUUUCUGUUGAAAAAAGCUAUGAGACAGAUGCACUGGAUACGGGUGAUGAGGAGGAUCAUGAAGAGAGAAGGCAGAGGGCAUCUUUUGUUCAAGAGUUGGUAUUAUCAACUCUAUUCUAGGAAAUAUAGUCUUAGAAUUUUCAGACACAGUCAUGCAUUGCUAGAAGCUGCGUACAUUUUCAGAUAGCCUUGAUGCUCGUAAAAACAGGCAUGGUUUUUAAUGUGAUGCAUGAGUUUUGGAUAACUAAUCUAUGCAUUGGGUGUUCUUAAAGGUAGUAAACUGGAUGGUUGCCUCCUUUUGUGGCCAUGAGUUAUUGAACUAUUUAUUGAAUAUUUUACUUCU